AUGGGAAAAAAAGAAGUAAUCCAAAUUCAUAUAGGUCAAGCUGGUGUCCAAGUAGGAAAUGCUUGUUGGGAAUUAUACUGUAUUGAACAUGGCAUAACAUCAGACGGUAUGUUAGCAUAUAGAGACGACAGCAGUUGCGAGACCUUUUUCAGCCAUACGGGAGCUGGAAAGGUGGUACCCAGAGUCGUUAUGGUCGACUUAGAGCCUACUCCAAUAGAUGAAAUAAGAACCGGCGCUUAUAGACAACUAUUUCGUCCAGCCUCUUUAUUAACUGGAAAAGAAGAUGCAGCCAGCAACUUUGCUCGAGGUUACUUCGGUGUAGGUCGAGAAAUGAUUGAUUUAACCUUGGACCGAAUUAGAUUGACUGUAGAAGAAUGUAACUGUUUACAAGGAUUUAUAAUAUUCCGUGCGUUUGGAGGAGGAACUGGGUCAGGAUUUACAGCUCUCUUGCUUGAUGGCCUGUCAAGGGAUUAUGGGAAGCUGUCAAAAGUGGAAUUCGCAAUCUAUCCUGCCCCGAAAAUUUCACCAAUAAUAGUUGAACCGUACAACGCGGUAAUGACCACACACGCCUGUAUGAAUACGGAAGAUGUUUGCUUCAUAUUCGAUAAUGAAGCCUUGUAUGAUAUUUUAGCAAGAUUACUUGAUGUGCCGCGGCCUACUUACACUAAUUUAAAUAGACUGAUUGCUCAGGUUGUGUCUUGUAUGACGGCAUCAUUAAGAUUUGAAGGUUCCUUGAAUGUUGAGCUCGUAGAAUUCAGAACGAAUCUUAUUCCUUAUCCAAGAAUACAUUUUCCCUUAGUUACAUUUGCGCCAUUUGUUCCACCCUCAAAAUCUUUUUAUGAAGCCAUGACCACGCAACAGUUGAUGAUGUCUUGUUUCGAACCAGCUAACCAAAUGGUUAAGUGUGAUCCCAGGAGAGGAAAUUAUAUGGCAUGUUGUUUGCUAUUCAGAGGAGACGUUAAUCCGAAUGAUAUUAACUCAGCAAUUAAUCAAAUAAAAGCUGCACGGUCUAUCCGUUUUGUACCUUGGUCUCCAACUGGGUUUAAGAUCGGUGUAAAUUAUCAACCUCCGGCAACAGUACCUGGCGGUGAUUUGGCAGCUUUGGAAAGAGCAGUAGUAAUGGUUUCUAAUUCAUCGGCAGUUCGUAUAGCUUGGGAACGUCUGUGCAAAAAAUUUUCUUUAAUGUACGCGAAAAGAGCAUUUGUACAUCAUUUCGUUGGAGAAGGACUUGAAGAGGGCGAAUUCGGCAACGCUAUUCAUAAUAUAAAAGCAUUAUCUAACGAUUAUAAAGAAAUCGAGACAUGAGAAAUGAAACUGUUUAUUGAGACAAUACAAAAUUAGUAGAAUUUAAUUUGUACCUAACGAAUAAAAAAAUACCUGUGUUUACAUGUCAGUUGUCUGUGGUAGGUUACUUUUAUCUGUUAUUAUAUACUAGUGUCCAGGGCCAUAUAAUAAAUUUAAAAAACCUGUUAUGUCAGUCACCUGUCAAUAGUGUCAUAUGUCAAUUGUCACAGUUUGAAAAUGAUUUUGAUUAAUUUUGAUUUGUUUUGAUUUUGGGAUACAGCCCGUCGAUUUUCUGUUAAUAUUCAAAAUAUAUUUGAUUAUUAAUUAAUACGUGUGUUUUCUUAAUGGACUACUUUAAAUAAUACGUGUAAUAA